UGAAACAAAGUAAGAAAGAAAAAGGAUGAGGAAUGCAGAGAAGGGUUGACCUUGAAGUCUCUCUCAUAUCAAUCCAACACAGAGACGGCUAAUCCAACCAAUCAAAUCCAAACACGACACCCAAAAGACAACACAACACACAAUCGUAGAAUUCAAUGCAUAAGCAUAACAUAACAUCCUCUUUCUAUUCUCCCCAAUUUCCUUCCCUCAUCAAAAUCCCAACUUUCCUUCAAAAUUCACACUUUCUUAACAACCCUCUUCAUUUUUUCAUCUAAAUCCCUUCAAUUUCACACCCCAAAUAGAUUUUCAUCUUUUUCCCAACUGGGUUUUGAAAAAAAUCUGAUCUUGUUUAAGAUGAAUUUCAGAAAUUUAGAAGAUUUCUGGGCUUUUUAUGUAAGCCAACAUUCAAAAAGAGCUACAAGACAUUGGCACUUUGUUGGAACUCUUUUGAGUAUUUUGUUCUUGUUGAGUUCUGUUUUCUUCAGUUGGUGGUUUUUGUUCUUUGUUCCUUUAUCUGGGUAUGGUUGUGCUUGGUAUAGUCAUUUCUUUGUUGAAAAGAAUGUUCCUGCUACUUUUGGACAUCCCUUUUGGUCAUUCUUGUGUGAUUAUAAAAUGUUUGGUUUGAUGCUUACUGGACAAAUGGAUAGAGAGAUCAAGAGGCUUGGUAAAAGACCUGUGUUGCAAGGGUUCUGAUUUCUAUAUCUUUGCUUCAUCCUUGUUGUUUGAGAUGGUCUCCUGCAGGUUUGUAAGUUUGAGCAUUGAAGUGGUUCAGAUAGAUACCGAUACAGGAAAGCUCGAAGCGCAGAUGGAUUCUUAUGUGGUCUUGCGGUGGGAGUGAUGGUGUUGUACAGUGGUUGUAAUUUAAUAGUAUAUACUAUGAAGCAUAACACCACUUGAAACUGUAACAAAAUAAUAACAUUUUUUAUGUGGUGAGUUCUGUCUAAUGCAACAUACAACUUACCCUUACUUUCACA